AUGUCAGAACUUAAAAACGCUAAAGAUGCACUUGUUGCCUCGCUUUUUGAACUUUCUAAGGCCGCACAAGAUGCAGCAACUGCAACCGUCAAUUUUUACAAAGCAUCGUCAACUGAAAACCUUAAUGGAGAGUCAUUAAACAAUUUGGCUUCGACAUUGAACAAUAUUGCUAGCAGCACUUCUGCCGCUGUUCCAGGAGUAGAAGAAGCAUCUUCGCCUGCAGCAGCUUCUGGUGCAACCGCUAAUGGUGGUGAGGCACAACCAGAAGAAAAGAAAAAGAGAAAGAAGGUUGAAAAAGACCCCAAUGCUCCAAAGAAGCCAUUGACCAUCUACUUCGCUUACUCGUUUUACACUCGUGAUCAAAUCCGUCAAGAAAGAGCCAAGCAAGGUUUAACUCCUUUAUCGGCAUCCGAAUUGAACGAAAUUAUCAAGGAACGUUGGAGCUCGAUCAGUCCAGAAGAAAAGGCUAAAUGGCAAAGCAAGUACCAAAAUGAAUUGCAGCAAUACAAUGUCUUGAAAGACGCAUACAAGGCCGGAAAACCAGAUGUCGGCCAGAUUGAACCAAAGUCGAUUGAACAAAUUACUGCUCCUACUAUUGAGCCUGUAAAGAAGGUCAAAUCGGAAUCAAAGAAGCGUAAAUCUGAAUCAAAGAAACUGGAUGAAACCGAAAAAUCUGACAAGACUGACAAGGAACCUAAAAAGUCUAAGAAGUCUAAGAAAUCAGAAAAAUCGGAAAAAUCCUAG